AUGCCUGUGAGGAGAGUUGCUAGGGAGGUCCGGACCUGUAGCCGGUGUCGGCUACUCAAACUGCGGUGCGACAGAUUGAAACCGUCUUGUCAGCGAUGCACCAGAGCAAAUGUCACCUGUUCGCUUGGUGCUUGUUCACCUACGGAUGAGCCUAGCACUGGAUUGUUAGAUUUGGCAACCGAGGCACUCCCUCGGUCUGAUGCAGAGGCCUCACUCCCGUCUAUUCCGGAGUCCGGCGUUGUCAAACAGAGGCAGCGAGCCCAACUGUCUUGCAUACGAUGCCAUAGACUCAAAGUCAGGUGUGAUAGAGACCUGCCCUGUUCACGAUGUCGAAUGUCUGGCUGGGGUAAAUUUUGCGAAUACCGCUAUAGAGUGGAAACGGCCAGUCCAUCUUUGGAUGCAGACGCACCAAAAAUAGGACCAGACCUCGAUGGUCGUAUCAAGUCGUGGCAUGCACAGCGUCGUGGUGCCACUCACUGGGGUGGGCUUUUAUCUGCACUCAAGUUGCAGGCUGGGCGUGUUGAUCUUCCAGUCCGCCGUAUGAUCUCAGACUUGAUUCACCAACAGAAUGCUAACAUUUCUGACGAAUUUGUGCUACCUGAAAACUUUCCAUUCAACAGUCCGGCAGCCGCCAAUUUUGCAUCCUUGGAUAGUGUUCAUGAUCUACUCCAACAACAUCGACCAAAAUACCAAUUUUAUAUGAAUGGCUACCUCGCCCUCUACCAACCAAGCUUUCCCAUCAUUGACACUGCUAUGUUUUCGUCAUUAGCCGAGAAAUUCUGGAAUGACCCCAGGUCAACAGAUGUGGCCUGGUUAGCCAGCUUUUUGAUGGUAUUAGCACUGGGGUGUUUUGCCGUGACGAGGGAUCAACACGCAACCAUGGAUCUCUGCAUGGCCGCCGAAGCUUGUCUUAGCAAGACGCCUUUUAUGGUCCAACCCGAUAUAUCAGCUGUGAGAACUCUGUGCCUUAUGGUUCUUGCUAAGCAAACUCUUAAUGCGACAUGUCGCACUUUUGAUUCCUGUUGGACGUUACUCGGCACUGUCAUCCGUGCGGCUACUGCGAUAGACUUGCACAAACAGCGUAUGCCACAUCAUGGAUAUGAAGAUAUUGGUGUUUGGCAAUUUGAGCAGACAAUGUGGUCCACGGUCGUCUAUUUCUGCGUACAAGUCGCUAUGGUUACAGGGAAACCAUUGAUUGUAUCAGCUGAUAUGUUCGCCGAACGUAUACCGCUGUCCAUCUCUCAAACAAAUGACCCAUGGGUAAUGCUUAUUGAUGUAUACCCGACACUAUGCCACAUAAUCUCCAGAAUUACCAGCAACACUGACAAGCCGUUGUACGACGAAGUUGUCAAGUAUAAUGACCAUGUACGCCGGCUCAUGGAUACCUUAUUAGGCAAGAUGUAUGGCAAGCCGAGGCUUUAUAUUACGCUGGAUAUAUUUUUCCGCCGUAUCCUCCUUGUGCUCCACCGCUCUCACGCUUUACAUGCUGUCGCUCCGUCAGAGUACCCAGUUUCGUAUUGGUCCUCGUUGGAAUGCAGUCUAGCUAUCCUCGUGCAUUAUCGAGAUCUCGAAGACCAAAAGGAGCUAGACAACACGGACCUGCUUAGUCGUCUCUUCAAGAGCGACAUUUUUGCAUCAAUGCUGACUGUGUGUUUGUAUCUCCUUCGCCAAGAGGCGCCCCUCUCUGCAGGGUCUACAAUCCCACCACGUCGGAUAAUAUUGAACACGUUGCAAGCGUGCAUGGUAAUUUGGGAGAAAGAAGUACAUCAUUCUACCUGUUUCAAAAUAGGUCUUAUGUUAUUAGAUUCGGUGUUGAAGUUCCUACCGGAUUUGUAAUCUUCAGCAACGAAAUAAGCAUUCUAUGUAAAUCUUCUCUUUAUUUUACAAUUUCCUCUCAAUAUUUAUAUAUUACAA